AUGAAUGAUGAUAAUAAGGAAUUUUCUGGAAAAGAUAUAUACCAGUUAAUAAAAAAUGCAAAGGAUAAAAUAAAAAUUGAUUACAAAUUUUGGUACACUCAACCUGUUCCCAAAAUAAAUGACGAAUUUAACGAAUCGGUGAACGAGCCAUUCAUAAGUGAUAACAAAGUUGAGGAUGUCCGAAAAGAUGAAUAUAAACUUCCUUCAGGAUAUUCAUGGUACGUGUGUGAUGUAAAGAGCGAAAAGGACCGUAGUGAAAUUUAUACAUUAUUAACAGAUAAUUACGUAGAGGAUGAUGAUAAUAUUUUUCGUUUUAAUUACUCGUCUGAGUUUUUAUUAUGGGCGUUGACGUCUCCAAAUUAUUUAAAAUCAUGGCAUAUUGGUGUAAAAUAUGAUGCAUCUAAUAAAUUAAUUGGGUUUAUAAGUGCAAUUCCAACGGAUAUAUGUAUUCAUAAGAAAAUUAAAAAAAUGGCAGAAGUAAAUUUUUUAUGUGUUCACAAAACAUUACGAUCCAAAAGAUUAGCACCAGUAUUAAUUAAAGAAAUUACAAGAAGAAUAAAUUUAGAAAAUAUAUGGCAAGCAAUUUAUACAGCUGGUGUGUAUUUACCAAAACCAGUAAGUGAUGCAAGAUAUUAUCAUAGAUCUAUAAAUGUGAAAAAAUUAAUUGAAAUAGGUUUCUCAUCUUUAAAUUCUAGGUUAACUAUGAGUAGAGCUAUUAAAUUAUAUAAAGUAAAUGAUUCAUUAAAUUUAAAAAAUAUGAGAUUAAUGAAAAAAAAAGAUAUUGAAGGAGUACAUAAAUUGUUAAAUAGUUACUUAGAGCAAUUUAAUUUAUAUGCUGUUUUUACCAAAGAAGAAAUUGCUCAUUGGUUUAUCCCAAUUGAUAAUGUUAUUUAUACGUAUGUAAAUGUAGAAUCUGGAGAAAUAACAGAUAUGAUUUCUUUCUAUUCUCUACCAUCCCAAAUUUUAGGAAAUGAUAAAUAUAGUACUUUAAAUGCUGCAUAUUCUUUUUACAAUGUAACCACUACGACCACAUUUAAAAAUCUAAUGCAAGAUGCAAUUCUUCUAGCCAAAAAAAAUAAUUUCGACGUUUUUAACGCCCUCGAAGUUAUGCAAAAUAAGUCUGUCUUUGAGGACUUGAAAUUCGGUGAGGGGGAUGGUUCACUCAAGUACUAUUUGUACAAUUGGAAGUGUGCAUCCUUUCCACCCGCACACGUUGGCAUUGUGCUGUUGUGA